AUGCAACUUGUUUCAGAGGAUAUUCAAUCGGUGCCGCCACAUGGAGAUACUCGUAUAAGAGAAGAGAGGGAAUAUGGUUAUUUUAGGUUUUAUAAAAGCAUGAUUCCAUCUGGUAAGAGACGACAUACAGAGGAGGUGGACCCUCUUAUAUUCGGUGAGAGACUAGAAGUACCCACGCAUAUCAAAAAAUGCGGUGCCUUCAUCUGCGCAAUUCAUAGAAUGUGGUGGAAGCAGAUCCAGCACGACUUGCACUACUCAAUUAGAGACCAUUCCACCAAAACAGCGUCAUAUUUUAACAGAUAUUGA